AGACGGCGACGACGCGCAGAGCCCGUGUGAACUUCACCGUGUGACAUCACGCCUCAUUGUUGGAGGUUUACGUCAUUCUUGAGUCGGUGCACGACUCGCGAAGCGCACGCGAAUGGUCCCGCGAAACCCGUGAAAAAUGUCCACCAGUACGAUCUCGUGCUCAUCCAUGCGUCGAUGUGUCUCACUCUUUGUGAAAUAAAUUGGUGUUCGUGUGAUCGACUGAAGUCCUUAUAUGAAUAUUCGUGUAGGUUUAGUGCGCGUUAUAUCGUUGUUGAGAAACAUCGCAAAAUUUCGAACGUGCCCUAAAGCAAAUAGCGAAAGAUGUCAAGCACGACGUUUUACGGUAGCGCCAGCUUCUGGUUAAUCCGCCAAUAAGCAGUGGGACUAUUAUAUUAUUUAUUGGGAAUAUGUUGUUUUCUGAGGAGGUGAUCCUCACGGUGAUUAUUAAUCGAGUGUCAUAUUAAUUGGAUGGGAUUAAAGUGUCAAGGAAUGUAUUUUUUCCCAUGAGUUUCAUCGCGCGCCGUUACUACGGCACACGUUCUUUCAUUUUAAAUAUAACGGUGUAUAAAUAAGUAUGAGCAAUAGCGGGAGUGCGUGAGACUGUCUACUCAGAUUUUGCGAAUUGAUCGGCUACGCUUCUGUUUAUACCUGCGAACAUUUUGGGUAAAGUGAUUCAAAUGCAGUCGACACUCGUUACUUUUUUACUGACAGCUGCCACAUAUGUUCUUCUUUGUGCGUGGGCACGCGUUGCCGAGGCUUUACCAAGGAAGACUUGAGCAUCCGAUCUGCUUGAAGUUCUGAGAAACACUUUUCUCGCUGUGAACAGGCACUCUCAAAUCAUAUGGUGUUUUAAAGGAUGAGGACACAAUAUUCUGAUAUAUUUUACACAACUGGUUAUUUUUGUCAUAUAUCGAGUUUUUGUAAAUUGCACUUACGUGAUGCAGUUGUUUCCAAACCGGUCACAGCUGCACGAGAUGCUGCACUGUGCCGAGGAUUGCUCUGAAAUAAGUUCCAACGCUUGUAUGAUGUUUGGAGAGUUCUGUAUAUUUGCCACAGAACUUGCGCGCCUGUGCGAACGAGGAGCAUCUAUUCCUAUGAGUGCCACUCAAUCAUUGCACUGUGAUGGAAAGAAUACUAAUUACAAAAUCGGUACAAAGAGGAUGGCAUAUGAGGUAUUUUUGGGUGGAUCCUGUAACCCCACCACAUGGAGGUCAGAGAUAGCUAUACCAACUCUUCAGAGCCUUGGCAUUACUUAUUACAAUCCUCAAGUAUCGCAAUGGGGACCAGAGCUCAUAGCUCAAGAGUACGAGGCGAAGCAAACGGCGCGUGUUUUGCUCUUCGUCAUCGACAAUCAAACGCGAAACAGUGCAGGCAUCAUCGAGGCAGCUCAGUUGGCAGCCACACGUAGUAACUCUCUUGUACUCGUGAUAUACCCUUAUCGUCAAGGUCAAACUAUUUUAGGGGAAACGGUCUCUACACAGGAAUAUUAUGAUUUAAUGAACGGGCUGCUAGUACUUCAGUACCUUGUGGAGAGACAGAGGAUACCAAUAUUUGAAAACGUUUCGGUGGCUCUGAAUUGUACGUCGAAGAUCCUCCGCGAAGCAGUCAAUGUUCAGGACUUGAAUGCUGAGGAUGGGAUCAGGCCGGUUCGAUUGUCACCCAGUCAAAACGGGAUUGACUUAAUAAAACUACGCGAAGUCUUUGAAUCCAUAGACACCAAUGGAACUGGAACAGUUAGUUUGGGUGAAGCUUGGCUCGCGUUGCAGUCCAACGCUAAGUGUAAUAUAUCGGUGGCGGAACUGCUCAAUGCCGUGAACAAAUCAGAUACCUACGAGACUCUGAUAGAAGACUUCUCGUCUAAGGAGGAUCAUGCAGAAAAACGGAUAAACUUUGAACAGUUUUCCACAAUUGCAAGCGAGUUAUCAUGGCGGCUCAAGAACAACGGCGUGUCCUGCGAAAGUGAGAUACCUUCAGUUUGGAGUAUAUUAUGUAGGAAGGCAUCAAAGUUUCUUCGCCGAGCUUUCGUACACCCCUUUAAUCGUUUCAUAGAUUGGACCAACUCCUUGGUGCCAGAUUCUGAUAAGAGAGAUUUAUAUAUUGGAGUGGUCGGUAAAGAUUUGUUUUGGCUAGAAUCUUCAGCCGCACCGUUAAUCGAAUCGCUGGGCUUAUCUCUUCACCGACCAAUCCUGAACGAUUACAACGUAAGGGGAAUGUCGCAGGAAUUGCAGCAUAUGAAAAACUCCCGGCUCAUCCUACUGAUCGUGCCGCAACACUCCCGCGGCAUCUCCAUUAUGGCUUUGGCAGCUCAUUUGAUUGGACUGCGCGCUAAGCUAGUCCUCUGUGUUCAAACUCUCCCCGAAGGUUGUGUCAUCUCUGGUGAAAAGCUAACUCAGCAAGCCGUUAAGGACUAUAAUCGGGGUAGGAUGUACCUGUCGGACUACGCGACGCGAGAAGGUGUACCUGUAUUUCAGAAUAUCGCUGAUGCUUUACAGCAGGCGAUACAGCUAGUUCAAAGUCCCUGUUGACUUAACUCCUUCCUCUCUUUUACUACUUCUUUUUCUAUUUUUUUUUUUUUUUUCAUUGUCCGUAAGGUUAAGCUUCCUCAAUUCGUUGACUAAUUUAUUUUUGUUCGAACCCUUACUCGUUAAUGCUGCCCGUCUACCAUUCGAGACCUCUGGAUGCGGCAUCGGUAACGAUGGCGAUGCUUCAUUUUUUAAAAUAUUUUUUUACACCUUGCUACAGUGACACUGCUAAUGGUGAUAAUGAUGGAGAGGAUGAUUGUUUUUCUCUCUUAAAUUUACUUGCUACCAGCUAUUUACUAUUUACUACUAUUACUAUUAGUACUGCUACUACUAUUUAACUCGUACUUAUUACUAUUUACUAUUAUUCUACUACUUGUACUAUUACUACUACUAAAAUCACUUACCACCAUUGCUACUAUUAACCUUUGAGAUGAUUAUUGCGCUUCAGAAAAAUUUUUAUUUUUCAAACGAAACUUAUAUUGGUUUUUAUGUAUCGCAAAAGUUUUUAGCGAUUUUAUAGAUCCUGUAUUGAGUUUUCCUGUUUUUUGGGGGGAGGGGGGGAUUUUUUCCUUAUACGUAUAUGUGUAUAUGUAUGCUAUUGUCGCAACUGUAGAGGAGACCUCGAGGAUUACUCGAACGCUAUUUCUUUUAGAUAUCUAUUUCUCAGGUAAACAAACAAACAAAUUUCCGAAUUCUCAGGAAAAUUUUGGAAUUUAGGACAAUGCGCAAAAAGAAGGAGAAAAACGAAAAACAAACGAUCGUGUCUUGCGAAUUUUCGCCAAUUAUUCUUGUGACCUCUAUAAUAAUGUGGCUACAUAAAACUCUACUCUAUCGAUCGCUUAAAAAAUAGUAGAAAAAAAAAACGAAAUCAUUUCCAUGCAAUAUCCAUAUCCACUCAGAUUGCGCAUCAGGCAAUCUAUAUAACUCUCCAUUCAGGGAGAUAAAUCAGACAUACUAAAGACAAAAGAACGAUAUAUGAAGACGUUGGAGGUCUCUCGCGGUAGAUGGAAGUUUCUUUUUACAGUAAUUUAACUUGACAAUUUUUUUUUCUUUUUUGUAACCUUUUGGUAACCGGUUGAGGAUUGAUUUGAUAUACGUGUAUAUAUAUUAACUGUUUCUAACGACCUAAUGGUAAUUAAUUUCAAGUACAGAGAGACAAAGAAUGAAAGAGAGGGAAUGGCGCGUGUGCGUUUUGUGCGAGUCGGGCGAGAAAGAGAGAGGGGGAAAAGAGAGAGUGCGUGCGUGCAUGCGUGUCCGUUAAUAAUAUAUGCGUUAGUUUAAUGCGUGCGCGUGCGUGUACACGUAAGUAGUGACAGGGGAAAACUUGUAUAAUUCACGAUGUGCGAAGACUCGCGGAUCAGUGGUAAAUCAUGUCGGUCCGAAGAAAAGGCUUAAACGGUUUAUGAGAACGUUCUUCUCGUACCUUUAUUACGAUUGUUGGAAACAAAGAGAAAGAGAGUACCAAAAUGGUGCGCGACGCUUAGAAAUAUUGAAUAUUAACAGAAGAGCUCAAUUAUAAAUCUGCUGGUUAAAUCCCCUUUUUAAAUGUUUUUUUUUUGGAUUUUCUUUAAACUUUUUUUCCUAAUAACGUCACGUCUAAUACAUUACAUUUGAUAUUUAAAAUAAUUUGCUUUGUUUCGUGCCUUAAAAAAAAAGUGUGGCCCCGCGUACUUGAACAUCCCUCCUUGUUUUUUUGUUUCUUUAGGAAGAAAAAAUAAAAGUCAGUCACAUUAUGUUGAUCUGUCUCACUUUGUUCUCUUUGGCAGGAGUCUCUCUUUUUCAUUAUAAAAUGUUUUGUAUUUUCAUUUUUUUUCUUUUUGUUUUCUCGUUUUCUCUCCCCACUUCCUUCUCCUCAGCGAAUCGCAAUUCUUUACGAGAGAUGUCGGCGUCAAUACAAACUUGUAAUGUCACUUCAAAACACCGCUAACUGUAUAAUAUGAGCUUUCUCGUCCAAGAUUGUAAAUAUCCUGAUAUUAAUUAUCAGUGGAGAAGAAAACAAGCUGGCAGUUAAUAUCACAUAGGAAUCAUUAAUUGUUCUCAAUGUUUGAUUAGAUGAUUAGAACGAGUAAAUGAUUGGACUGUAGAUUAGAAUGAUACAAAUACGCAAAUCUAUAAUAGAGGUAUGUCAGUGGCGCGUGCGCGCUACAAGAUGUUGGAUGCACUUUUGUAACGAGUGGGAUUAUCAAUAGAAAAAUGAACAAGCAAGGAGUGUCUAUUAUAUGAUGGGAAAAAAUCAUGGUCUGAAUACGAAUCUGCAACUAGUCUAAAAACGAAAUCGUUGCUCUGAGCAAUAGUUGAGUUAAAACACGUACACGCACGCGGACAUGCCUUACACAAACACCUUCGACCCACACACACAUACACAUACCUACACCUGUACACUUUUUAAACAUUAAGACGUCUUAAUAAAUAAUUUUUGUUAAUUACGGUA